GGAAAAGUUUCAGACAUUCUGUCUUUGGUUGAAAUCAAGUUGGUUAUACUUAUUUCACGAGAGUGCUUUUUAACAUAUAUAAGCAGAUGGUACGUGAACAGUACACUACAACAACGCAAGGCACGAGCCUAGAGAGGCCAGAAAACCAGUAUGUCUACAAAAUUGGCAUUUAUGGCUGGAGGAAGCGCUGCCUCUACCUCUUUGUCCUUCUUCUACUUAUCAUCCUAGUUGUGAAUUUUGCUCUGACAAUUUGGAUUCUUAAAGUCAUGUGGUUUUCUCCAACUGGAAUGGGGCAUCUGCGUGUUACAAAAGAUGGUCUCCGUCUGGAAGGGGAGUCUGAAUUUUUAUUCCCACUGUAUGCCAAAGAAAUUCACUCCAGGCUGGAUUCAUCUCUACUUCUACAAUCUACACAAAACGUGACUGUCAAUGCUCGAAAUUCAGAAGGAAAGGUCACAGGCAGAUUAAAAGUUGGUCCCAAAAUGGUAGAAGUCCACAGUCAGCAAUUCCAGAUCAACUCCAAGGAUGGCCGGCCUCUGUUUACAGUCGAUGAAAAGGAAGUUGUGGUUGGGACAGAUAAACUUCGAGUAACAGGGCCUGAAGGAGCUCUUUUUGAGCACUCAGUAGAAACACCACUUGUCAGAGCAGACCCAUUUCAAGACCUCAGGCUUGAAUCUCCCACGAGGAGCCUAAGUAUGGAUGCACCAAGAGGGGUCCAUAUUAAAGCAAAUUCUGGGAAGAUUGAAGCUCUCUCUCAAAUGGACAUCAAAUUACACAGUAGUGAUGGGAUGCUUGUGUUGGAUGCUGCCACCGUGUGUCUGCCUAAAUUGGUUCAGGGGACUCGGGGCCUCCCUGGCAGCUCUCAGAGACUCUAUGAAAUCUGUGUGUGCCCAGAUGGAAAGCUCUACCUGUCAGUGGCUGGAGUAGGCUCCACUUGCCAAGAAAACAGUAGUGUCUGUCAAAAAAGCACCUGAACAUGCCAUCUAAUUGUCAAGAUCUCAGUGAGCUUGACGAUUCUCAGUAAAUAAUUGCUCUGGAUUAUGAGGCUUCAGAGCUGGAAUAUGUAUUCUGCAUCUGGGACUGGAUGAAGGAAACACACACACACGAACUUUUUUAACUGAACUCAGAAAAAAACUACCAGUGAAAAUGUUUGGAUGAAACUCUGUGUUCUGGAGGUGGCAUCAAGACUUGAGUGAUGCAUUUAAGGAAAAUGAACAGAAUUUGUUUGCAACACUGAGGUGUUUAAAUUUCCAUCAGAAUGAAGACUGAAUUGUGAUGAUUUCCUUGUCCUCCCCCCAUACAUGUAAAUAUACAAUGAAAUGUUA